AGUGUGAGCACACCACAACAUCUGGGACUAUCCAAUUGCCAUUAUCGAGGAAAAGUUCUCCGCAUCGCGAGUAGUUUCAUUCAAAGCAAUUCAGGAUGAAGUCUCCACUAUCCUUCGCUCAUCUGCUGCUCGUCGGCAGCCUGCUUGUCAGCCUAACGCUCGCCGAACGGCCAUCGCAUGUGCUCAAGGUCCGCCGCAGUGGCUACAUCAAUGAGCCCUCUGCUGCCCUGGCACGCUCCAAUGAUGCUGCUGCCGCUGCCGCCUUCGAGUUGGCCGGAGAUCAGGAUAAACUGAGCGUAGUGCCAGCUGGUGCUUCGGCCGCUGUUGCUGCAGGUGCAGCUGGUUCAGUGGGCGCUGCCAACGGUGGCAACAAUAAGAAAGAUGCAUCCAGUGGCCGUCUCUUUCUGAAGAAGUUCCUCAUGUUCAAGAACAUGUUCGGCAGCAGCAGUCAACCGGUGAUCCCCAUCAUUAUCACAAAUCCUGGCACAACAUCCACAGCGCCCACAUCACCCACUGUCACAGUGACCUCAACUGGCACGAUACCUUCGGCAACGGGCACAGUGACAGCAACACCCUCAUCCCCGACGAGCACUUCACCCACCAGUCCCACCUCCACAUCGACCGCUCGUCAGUAUGGCGCUGAUGAUCAGGACGAUGAGCUGGCCAACGAUGAUGGCGCUGACGAUGGCAGCGACGGCGCCGCUGCUGGUGGCAUUGCGAUGGCUGCCAACGCUGAGCUCCUCGAUGAGCAGGCCAUGCAGGCGGCUUUGGCGGCCGGUGCCCAGGAGUACGAGGUGUUCACCAACGGCGAUCAGGCGGACGAGAGCAAGGCCAGCCAGAGCAAUCGCAUCAAUUUGCGUCGCAAGGGCGGACGUCGCGGUCAGGGACAGAUGCUCAGUGUGCGCAUUCCGCCACGCUAUCGUCGCUACUUCAAGAACGGCCAGAAGGUGAUGCUCAACACAAAGAGCCGACCCAACAAGCGUCGUGUGGUGAGGAAGCGUGUCCAGAACAAGAACAAGCGCAUCAACAAUCGUCGUCGCGGUGGCAAGAACAAGAACAAGAAGGGCAAGGGCAAGGGCAAGAACAAGAACAAGAACAAGCGUACACGCAUUCCAGUUGCCUAAGCGUUGCGUUGGCAAAAUUUCGCCACCCACUUGAACGAUCAACGAUCGCUGAGAUCACACAACAGCAAACACACAAACAACAACAACCACAACAACAUUUUUUUUUUCUAAUUUAUUGUAGCUAAUCUUAUUGAAUUGAAGCCACACUCUUUUUUUUUGGGCAAAACA